GUUUCAGAUUACUCCAAACAGCUUUGAAAUUGGUUUGCUACUAAUCAACUGGUCACUGAAGGAGAUCUAUAAAGCUCCAGAUACUGUACAGCUGAAAUAAAAUCCAGGUGUCCAGUGAAAAGAAAGCAGAAGAAAAGAGAACAUCCUGAACAUGGCCUCAGAAAUGCCAGGCCCUGUGUGCCUCAUUGAGAACACAAAUGAGCGACUUGCAAUUAAUCCAGAAGCUUUAAAGAUACUGGCCUCUGAUUCACAGCCUGUGGUGGUGGUGGCAAUUGUAGGUCUCUACCGCACAGGCAAAUCCUACCUGAUGAACAAACUGGCUGGGAAGAAAAAGGGCUUCUCUCUGGGAUCCACAGUACAAUCUCACACUAAAGGAAUCUGGAUGUGGUGUGUGCCUCAUCCCAAGAAGCCAAACCAUACUUUGGUUCUUCUUGACACUGAGGGCCUGGGAGAUGUAGAAAAGGGUGACAAUCAAAAUGACUCCUGGAUUUUUGCCUUAGCAAUACUCCUGAGCAGCACCUUUGUGUACAAUAGCAUGGGAACCAUCACCCAGCAAGCCAUGGACCAACUGCACUAUGUAACAGAGCUAACAGAUCGAAUCAGGGUAAAAUCUUCACCCACUGGCAAUGGGAAUGAGGAUUCAGCUGACUUUAUAAGCUUCUUUCCAGACUUUGUGUGGACUCUGAGGGAUUUCUCCUUAGAUUUGGAAGCAGAUGGACAGUCCAUUACACCAGAUGAGUACCUGGAACUCUCACUAAGGCUUAAGAAAGGUACCAGUCAAAAAGAAAAAAAUUUUAAUAUGGCCCGACUCUGUAUCCGGAAAUUCUUCCCAAAGAAGAAAUGUUUCAUCUUUGAUCAGCCUACUCACAGGAAGAAACUGGGCAAACUUGAGACACUGCAUGAUAGUGAACUGGAUCCAGAAUUUUUACAACAAUCUGAAACCUUCUGUUCCUACAUCUUUAGCAAUUCCAAAGCUAAAACUCUUUCAGGAGGCAUCAAGGUCAAUGGACAACGUCUAGAGAACCUGGUGCUGACCUAUGUCAAUGCUAUCAACAAUGGAGAUAUGCCUUGCAUGGAGGAUGCAGUCUUAACCUUGGCCCAGAUAGAGAAUUCAGCCUCGGUGAAAAAAGCCAUUGACCAUUAUAGCCAACAGAUGAGCCAGAGGCUGCAUCUGCCCACAGAAACUCUCCAGGAACUGCUUGAUCUGCACAGAACCAUUGAGAAAGAAGCCAUUGAAAUCUUUAUCAAGAGUUCCUUCAAAGAUGUAGACCAUCUGUUUCAAAAAGAAUUAAGGGCCAAGCUGGAAGAAAAGCGGGAUGACUUUUGUAAACAGAAUCUGAAAGUAUCAUCAGAUCGUUGCUCUGCUUUACUUGAAGAGAUUUUCAGUCCACUAGAAGAAGGUGUGAAACAGGGUAUUUAUUCUAAACCAGGAGGUUAUCGUUUGUUUUUAGAUAAAACAAAAGAGCUGAAGAAAAAAUACCAUCAGACACCAGGGAAGGGGCUGCAGGCUGAAGAGGUUCUUCAGACAUAUUUGAGUUCCAAGGAAUCGAUGACUGAUGCAAUUCUACAGACAGACCAGACUCUCACAGAAAAGGAAAAGAUAAUUGAAUUGGAACGUGUGAAAGCUGAAUCUGCAGAGGCUUCAGCAAAAAUGUUGGAAGAAAUUCAAAGAAAGACUCAACAAAUGCUGGAAGAUAAAGAAAAGAGUUAUCAGGAACAUGUGAGGCAAUUAACCGAGAAGAUAGAAUCUGAGAGGGCUCAGAUACAGGAAGAACAAAGGAAUAUACUUGCACUUAAACUUAAGGAACAGGAGAAAAUACUAAGGGAAGGAUUCCAAGCUGAGAGUAGACGACUCGCUGAGGAAAUUAGGAAUUUGCAAAUUGAAGUGUCAAAACCAAGGGGGAGAUGUGUCAUAAGCUAAAGAUUUCUGAAGAACAGAAGUUUCCUGAUCACUGCUA